AUGGGAUGUCCAAGUGGCCAACUAUGUUGCCAACCUUUGGCAAACUUACCGCCAAAGUGCUUCCCCAAAUGUUCAUUUAGGAAAUGCCCUUAUCCAUCGGCAUGUACUUUGAACUACUUGGGUGAUCCUAUAUGUAUUGUGUCGACAGGUGAUGUAUCCACUACCGUCUCUACUAUUGUAUCCACUCAGUCCACUGUGGCAUCUACAACAGUAACAUCGGGACAAAGUGUUUCAUCCACCGUCGCAUCUACAUCCGUGUCCACUCAGUCCACUGUUGCUAGCACAACUGUGACUACCACUGCUACUGCUACUGCUUCUACAUUUGCCACAACUACUGUCUCCACUCAAUCGACUGUUGCCAGCACAACUGUGACAACGACAGGUGUCCCAAUUACAUCUGCUACUGCUUCUACAUUUGCCACCACUACUGUCUCCACUCAGUCCACUGUUGCGAGCACAACUGUGACGACCACUGCUACCGCAACAGCCUCUACGUUUGCCACAACUACUGUCUCCACUCAGUCCACUGUUGCCAGUACUACAGUGUCGACCACGAGUGCUCAGACUACCACGAGUGCCUCAACAACUUUCACAACAACUGGACCUGCUUCGACGAUCACCCAGACCACAACUGUGACGACGACUGCCACGGCCCCGGCAUCUUCAACAACUGUAACAACUACUGUGUCAACUCAGUCCACUGUUGCCAGCACAUCAGUGAGCACAACUGUCACCACUGGUAGUCCACCAACCUCCACUACAGUGUCUACCACUGCAUCGACAACGGUAACGACCACAGGUCCAGGCUCAACCAUCACGCAGACCACAUCGGCUACUACCACUGUGACUACAACGGCCAGCAUCAGUGCAACUCCAACAUCCUCAUCAGCAAGUUCUACGGUUACCACUACUGCCUCAACUACCGUCACUCCUACCAGCACCAUCACGGCCACAACUACAGUUACCACAACUGCAUUGACUGCUUCCUCUGUUGCCUCGACUGUUGCUCAAGUCCCGUCAACAGUAGCCUCACCAACCUCUGGCAUUCCAACCUCUACCGUUGCUUCGACCACAGCGACCACAAUGGUCCCUACCACUGCAUCGACCAUGACUCAGUCCACCACUGCUACCACAACAGUAACCACUUCGGUCCCUCCAGUAACCACAAGUGCCUCGACCACAGUCUCGACUAUAGUCACGACUACAGGAGUUGCUUCAACUAUCACGCAGACCACCUCAGCAACGACCACCAUCACAACUGGUGCUAACUCUGGUACUGCCUCAUCUACCGCCACAGCUACCACCACAGCUACGGCUACUGCAACUGUAACUGCACCAAUUACAUCGACCGUUGCUUCCACCACUGUCUCGACCCAGUCGACCACAAUGAGCACGGUUGCAAGCACCACCAACAAGCCAACAUCAACUGUGGCAACAACAACAGUGUCAACUCAGUCAACUGUGGCAAGCACCACAGUCUCUACAACCGUGAAACCAACGACCACCACUGUAUGGCGCCAGAUACAUAUAUCCUUCUCUCAUCUACAGCUGGAGUUAAACAGUGUGUCCCUGAUCAGUAAACUAGCAAGUUUAAUUCUUCAAGUUCCAGACCAACAACCUUAA